AAAAGUGCGCAAGUUUAGGCAGCUUCGAAGUCAAAGCUUCUACAUUUUAGAUGUAACAAUGUAUCCCGUUCAAAGCAUGCGUAAGUUUGUCUGUGAUCGACUAACAGCGGCUGCCCAAGAAAUACUGGGAGCGUUUGAAAAGAGAGUAGGGGAGUACGAGUCAGAAAUCGCACGUCAACGCAGACUGCUGGAUACGGUGUUCACACCGGAGAUAAAGUUGCAGGAUAAAGAUCUUGCAAAUACUUCUUUGAGUCAGCAGCAGAGUAACAGUGAGAGUGACUCCACUGUUCAGCCUGAUAUUACACGGAUUAAAGACGAGCAUGAGGAAAUGUGCAUCAGUCAGGAACGACAGCAGCUCACACAGCAGCAGGCGCCUGCUGCUUCUAAGGUGACUCCAGCUUCAACUGAUCAAAGUGCCCGCAGUGAUCAGUCUCAGCCUUCAGGUCCUGACCAAACGAAUCCUGCAGCAAGUAAUGAUCCCAAACCCAGUGUCCCUAAUGAAGAUGAACGUGACAGAGAGAGUUCUCCAGUACCACCUCCAGAUGAUGACAACCACUUCUUCUGUCAGAACUCAGAUGAAGGGGAGAGUCAAGCUGACAUAACUUGUAACUAUGGAAGUGAAACACCAACAAGAGGCGAUACGGACACAUCAUCAGCUAUUACAGCAGCGCAGCCGUUAGAUGAGGAAAACAAUGAUGUGGGCAGCACAGCAAACAGUGGUACAGAGGAAGGACAGGUGUGUACCAAUGAGAGCAAUGAGCCAGCAUCAGAUAGAAGAUGUAACAUUGAAAACACAUCAUCAACCAGUAAUUCUGGGUUAACACCUACUGUAAGAUGUAAUAGUGAGACCACAUCAGCUAUGAGUACUGAGCCAACACAGAACAAGAAACAUAUAGAUGGGAAUGAAACGUCAACCGCAACUGCUGGCCUAACGACUAACACAAAACAAAGUGGUGACUACACAACAUCUACAAAAAGCACUGAACAAACACUAACAAAGAGCCCAACAGAAACUAGAUGCCCCGAUGUAACGCCACAUGAGAAACACGAUCAAACGAGCCCCCCGUUAAAAGGGAAUGGUGAGCCAGCGGCAAAUAAGUCAAGUCACGAUGGGGGAUCAAGCUCAUCUGUCAGCCUAUAUGAAAAAAGCAGUGAUAAGAAAACAUCAGCUACAAGUGAUGAGUAUGCACCUAGAAAGAAACAUAGUGAUGUGAAGAAAAAAACAAGCAGAAGUACUGAUUUAACUGCAAGUAGGAAACCCAAAGAUGGAAAAAUGUCAUUAAGUACAACUCCUCAGUUAAUGCCAAAUGAGAAGCAUAAAGACUGGGACACAAACGAUGUCACUGAGCCUUCACCAGACUUUACAUGUCACGACAUAUCAAUGGAAAGUACUGAGCCAAUUCAAAAUAAGACUAGUGACCAUGAACAGGUAGCAUCAAAUGGAAGUCCAGUUCAGGCAGAACCCACUGAGGGGAACACAUCCUCAAUUUUAAGUUCUGACCUAGCACAAAAGAAGCAGAGUGAAGGAAAACUAGCUUCUCCUUCAAACACUGAAAUGGCACAAAGUAAGAAUUCUAACAGUGAUGAAGCCACAUUGGCCGAAAGUACGGAAACAUCGCCAAAUAAGAUGCCUGGUGAUGAGACUACAAGUACUACGUCAACCUCAAGUAGGAAACAUACACAUCAGAGAACAUCAUCAACCAGAAGCAGGGAUUUAACAAAACACAAGAAGCAUAGACAUAGAGACACAAAGUCUUCAAGUAGUAAGGAAGCAGCACUGCUUAAAAGACAAAAUGAUGGGAGCGCAACAUCAGGAGGAAGCACCAACCCAACACAAAGGAAAAGACAUAAGGAUCAGAGUGGGGAAUCCACUCAAACUACAGCGGCAAGACACAGUCAGAGAAACAACAAUGGGAGCAAAACAUCAAGUGGAAGUACUGAUCCAAUACAAAAGAAGAGACAUAGGGAAAGUGAAAAACGCUUAAAAGCAUCAAGUCAGAAUGAUGGUGGUAAUGCCAAAGAUGAGGAAAAUCCUUACAAGUGUGACCGGUGUGGCAAAGUGAUGUCCAACUUCAAAAACUACAAAUUUCAUAUGAAGAGCCACACAGUUGAGAAGACGUAUAAAUGUGAGACUUGUGGCAAGAUGUUCCGGGAAAGUUGGGAUUUAAAUAAACAUUUAGUGAUUCAUUCAGCCGAGAAGCCUUUCAAGUGCGACGUCUGUGGAAACGGGUUCAACCGACGUUAUAAUCUCGACCUGCACGUCAGGGUUCACACUGGGGAAAAGCCCUACAAAUGCAGCACCUGCGGGAAAAGCUUCAGCUCCUGUGUGAACAUGAAGAAGCACAUGAGAAUCCACACCGGUGAGAAGCCUUACACUUGCAACGAGUGCGGUAAAGAGUUUGCGGAUUCUUCUGCUUUCAAGAAUCAUUUGCGAGUGCACACGGGGGAAAGGCCCUUCAAGUGUACCUACUGCAAGAAAAAAUUUGCUACCAACACGACUUUGAAAAGGCACACCAGAACACAUACAGGUGAAAAACCGUAUACAUGCACCGUAUGUGAUAAGGCGUUUGGUCACAAAACCGACCUGAAAGGACACAUGAGGAUGCACACUGGCGAGAAGCCCUACAAAUGCACUAGUUGUGGGGAACAGUUCUCCACCUGGUUAAAACUUCAUAAGCAUAAACAGCGUGCACAUGCAAGCGAAUCAGAAAAACCAGCCGAAUAACUGGUCGUACCAAAUGAAUUAACUUGUUUUUGCUUUUCGUUUUCUUGUGAUUUACUUCAUAGUUUUGAAUUUUUGUGGACAUUCCGGGUGUUGAGGUCAAACAGGGUUCUUUAUUGUGCAUUUUUUCUGGUACUAGUGAGAAGUUAAAAAUCAAUUCAGGAAGGUCACUUUGAGUAAAAGAUCUGCAAAGAGCUAUGCUUUUCAAGGCUUACAAGCAAAUACUGGAAAUACUACAGAAAGCUUUACACUCUCACACUGAUGACAGUUUGUUAUUUGUGACAAAAAGAUUGUAUGUUUUCCCUUUCCUUCUUGGCUUACACUUUUCUGUUACAAGUCGAUGUGAGAGCUUUUUUUUCUUUCCAUUCUGUGUUAUUUUUGUCUGCAUUUCUCAGAGCAGGUUGCACUUUUGCACUAUGUCAUUCUAAAUACGGCCUUAACCCAGGCCAGUCUUAUUAUGGCAACUCAAAAAGAAAAUUCUGUAUCAGAACGGUUAACCCCUAAAAUGCUGGCUUUACCUGGACCAUUUUGCACUGGACAUCAUUGUCGUUUAUUACUCGCAGAAAGUUUUGAUGGCUGGACUUUUCCAUCUUUCUGGGUUGUUGGUAGUGGUGGCUGUAAACUGCUUGCAGGUGCAUUACCACCACCUUCUGGGAGUAAAAGCACAUUACAUCCUGUGACUGAUUUAAAAACGGGAAAAUAUAUAUUUCAGGACAAAAACCAUAAUCAGUCAGUUUUAUUUUUAUAGCAAAUGUUAAAUUAUUUGAUAAUCAUGACUAUUUACUAAAUGCAAUGUAAAUAUUAUAUCAGAUCCAACUCUGCAGGGAAAGCUGACACAUCUUGGUAUUUCCUAUAAAAAGCUAUUGCAUUUCUUUUAAGGUUUUCUAUGAUAGUGAACUUUUAAGUAUUUAUAAAUAUGUACUAUUUGCUCUUGCUUAAGCAAAUGCUUUAGUUUUUGGAUUGUUUUUUUACAUCUGUAAAUAUUCUUGUUAAUAGAAUCUGGGAAUUACAUCAGACAGAUCAUGGACAACAAAGUCAGACGAGUCAAAAGCCAGUGGUUGUGACUUUUGAAGAGCUUUACAGUUGUUUAAAUACAGUACACAGAAGUGCUUCUUGCCACAAGAAUGCCUUCAUUGCCUCAAUGUGUUAAUAAGGUGUUGUACUAGAAUAGCAAGCAAAAGGAACACAGUGUUUGUUUGUUUGUUUGUUUUUUUUGUCUUGUUGGUAAUGAUUUUAUUUUAUUUUUUUCAGUGUUUUUUCCCAUUUUUGUCAUCAGAGCAUAGACUUGUAAAACAGUCAGUGAAUGUCUUAUUAAUGGGUUUACAAUAAACCACCAUGCCUUUUGUAAUUGUCAAUAAGUAAUCUGUGCUCUUUCUGAAUCUGUAGGAUCCACACUGAUUUUCGUUAAAUUAUUUGUGAUGUAUUGAGACAAAAAGAAUUAAAAGAGAUUCCUUUUUGUGUAAGUGAUGAAGGAGAAAAAAGUUACAGUGCAAU